AUGGCCACGAUCUUGUCUGAGCGCUUUGUCACCAAAGCACUGGACGCAGACGCGGACGUGGGCAUGAAGAACAAAGAGGAGCUAGUGAACCAGCUCGGCUUGAAGUACGGAUCUCUCCGCAAAGCUUGGCAGGAGGUCUUCGAUCCCUACGACACAGGGAAGAUCGGCUUUCAGGAGUUCUGCGACCGAAUGCGGGCCAUUGGAUUCCUUGGGGAUAUGAAGGAUUGCUGGCGUGCUUUGGGCGCCGAGCGGGACGGCGUGCUGCGCCUGCGCCAUCUCGACAGGAAGACUGACGAGCUGAUGCUCGGCUUCAAGCUCACCUUGGCGGAUAAGUACGGGAACAUGCUGAAUGCCUGGAAAGCCUUCGACCCAAAAGGUUUGACUCUGGUGGACGAGGCGACCUUUGUGAAGCAGUGCCAAGCAGAUGGCGUUGAGGGAGACCUUGUGCAGCUCUUCCAUGAGCUCAUGGACGAUCCCCUGCGCAAGAGGGAGUUUCACAAGAUGUCUUUGCGGGAGUUCGAUCUCGGGGCAUACCAGGCCAUCACGCGGAACGAUCAGGACAUGAUCGUGGAGGCGCAGAAGACGGAGAAGCGAGAUCCCCUUGAGAUGACCUUCGACGAACGUCAGGAGAACAUGUUCUCGGUGAAGUGGACCCGCGCUCAGAGCAAAGUCAGCAGACAAGAGAUGGCCAGCCGGGUGCAGCAGGAGAACGAGGCCGAUGUGGGCUGCGAGACCCUGAAGACUCUCAAGGCGAUGUUGACAAAGAAGUACAAGAACUUGGCCAUCGCCUGGCGUGUGGCGUUGGAUCCCAUGGGUCAGGGCCACCUUUCCAAGGAGGAUUGGUUCAACGCCGUGCGAAAUCGCAUCGGCUUCCAUGGCGACCUACGUCAGCUCUGGAAGGAAGUGGCCAAGCCGAACGCGGGCCACGUCUCCUUGACGGACCUGGAUCCUCAGGCCGUGCAGGCUCUUUGGGACUUCCGAGCCUUGCUUUUAGAAAACUUCGGUGACAUCAUGACUGCUUGGAAUCAUGGGCUCGAUCCGAAGAAGCGCGGGAAGCUGGAGGAGGAGGACUUCUGCAACCGCGUGACCGAGAUGGGCUAUCCCGGCGACGUGAAGAAGCUCUGGCAGCUCCUGCUGGCUGAGCCGCAUCGCAAAUACAUCGUCCUCCGCGACAUUGAUCCCGCUGCUGCUGCGGCAUAUUUCCGUGGCGACGACAAAGCCCUCACCCUCUAUGGUACACAAAGUGGCCCGCAGGCCUCUCCCAGCAAGUGGGCAGGAAAGAUCUCUGUCAUCAACACUGAAGACAACGAAGAGGCGGAGGUGUCGCCAUCUGCGACGGACUCGCCCUCCACGCCGCCUUCGCCGUCGAAAGGGGCGACCUUGGCUUUGCCGGGAACCCCCUCAAAGAGGCGUCCAGCGUCGCACGCAUCCUCGCGAGCGGCAUC